CUCUACACACACACGCACACACACACACCGCUGCGCCGUGAAAAAGCAGGUGACGGACCACCAGCCCGGAAACACACACACACCUAACUGCGCUCGUAUGGAUUUUUGGAACCUCCGUGUGAAUUGAGCGACCCUGGAACUAAAACUACGGUGGAAAGAAAAUAUGUGGCGGGAUCAGAUAUUUCUGACGCGCUGCAGAACAUCGCUGCCUGUAAAUACCUCCUGGGUGUUUGCGCGCGCGCGCGCGUUGCCAAAUUAGCUUAAACCGUGAAAUAAUUCCGCGUCUCUGGAGUGAUACAAGAGCAAAAGUUCGAAUUAAAUGAGGCGGAAUUCGUGAAGUGGAGCUGCUGGCGUACACUUGUGCACCGAAGUGACAAUUAAGAUGACAAAAGCCGUCCGCAGAAGCUGCGCUGGGAUCACGUCUUGGUGCUUGGAUCGCCAUCGACUUGGAGGACAGUCAGCAGGAGAGGAGGAGCGAGAGGGAGAUUUGGUGAUGGAGUGAGCUCAAGUGGAGAGCGUUUUCCUCAAGAUUCUGGGUCCAAUUAUGCGUGGACCCUCUCAGAGUCUGGCUUCCCACAACCACUUGGCUCCAUGAUUGAGACUCAGUUUUUCAUUUUUGCAUCUUUUAGGUCCCUGCUAUUUGAGUCUUCAUAGAGCACAUCAGCACAUCUGGAGUCCAUCUGCAUCCACAGAUGUGACUGAGCUGUCAACAUUUCAUCAUUACCAAGUCCAGAGAAUUAGGCCAUCUUCUUUUGCAGCCAAGGACUGAAAAGUACUGCCACACUUCCUCAUUGUUGUGGAAAAACUGGACAAUAUUCAACAAAAGGAACUUGCGAGUGAACUUCAACAAACUGCAUGGACACUUCUUCAAAGACGUGGCUGCCGCAUCAGGGUCAGUUUGGGUUGGUGGGUCAAGUGGAAGUCUGCUGUGGCGGACCUGGAGUGUUAACACCAAACCAAUCACGCAGGGCAAGUUUUGCCUCUGUAAGACAGUCCAGCAUGGAGACACCUCCCAAUGCCACCCCUCAGCCCUUCAGGCAGCCGAAACGUCAGAGUUUCCUCAAUCGAAGGCUGAAGGGCUCCAUCAAGAGGGCCAAGAGCCAGCCCAAACUGGACCGGACCAGCAGCUUCAGGCAGAUGAUUUUACCACGCUUUCGUAGUGCGGACCAAGAAAGGACACGUUUGAUGCAGAGUUUCAAAGAAUCACACUCCCACGAGUCCCUUCUCUCGCCGAGCAGCGCUGCUGAGGCUUUGGACUUGGUCCUGGACGAAGAUGCCAUCAUCAAACCGGUCCAUUCCAGCAUUUUAGGACAAGAGUACUGCUUUGAGGUUACCACCAAUUCAGGGACCAAAUGUUUUGCUUGCCGCUCUGCUUCUGAGAGGGACAAAUGGAUUGAAAACCUGCAGCGGGCUGUGAAACCCAACAAGAACUCAUCUUUGCCCUUCCAGGACAACAGCAGGCGAGUGGAUAACGUGCUGAAGUUGUGGAUCAUCGAGGCUCGAGACCUCCCAGCCAAGAAGCGCUACUAUUGUGAGCUGUGUCUGGAUGACAUGCUGUACGCCCGCACCACCAGCAAACCUCGCACCGACACCGUUUUCUGGGGCGAACACUUCGAAUUCAACAACUUGCCUACCAUCCGUAGCCUUCGUUUACACCUCUACAAAGAAACGGACAAGAAGAGACGCAAAGAGAAAAGCACAUACCUCGGCCUGGUCAGCAUCCCCAUUUCCAGCAUUACUGGCCGGCAGUUUGUGGAGCAAUGGUACCCAGUGAUCCAGUCAAGCGUUUUGGCUAAAAGUGGAGGCGUUGGAAGUGCCAAAGUGAUCAACGCCUCUCUGCGUGUCAAGUCUCGCUACCAGACAAUGAACAUUCUCCCGAUGGAACUGUAUAAAGAGUUUGCUGAGUACAUCACCAACAACUAUCGAACACUUUGUGCCGUUCUGGAGCCGCUUUUGAGCGUGAAGAGCAAAGAAGAGGUGGCGUUUGCUCUGGUGCACAUUCUUCAAAGCACAGGGAAGACCAAGGAGUUUCUUUCAGACAUGGCCAUGUGUGAGGUGGAUCGAUUCAUGGACCGCGAACACUUAAUUUUCCGAGAAAACACUCUCGCCACCAAGGCUGUGGAAGAAUAUCUUAAACUGAUAGGUCACAGAUACCUCAAGGAUGCCAUCGGUGAUUUUAUCCGAGCCUUAUAUGAAUCUGAGGAGAAUUGCGAAGUGGACCCCAUGCGUGUCCCCCCGUCCGUUCUUGCAGACCAUCAAGCCAACCUCCGCAUGUGCUCUGAGCUUCUGCUUUGCAAGAUUAUUAACUCCCUCUGCAUCUUUCCCCGUGAGCUGAAAGAGGUGUUCGCCUCAUGGAGAGCCAGGUGUGUGGAGCGUGGACGGGAUGACCUCGCUGACAGCCUCAUCAGCUCCUCGCUAUUUCUUCGCUUCAUGUGUCCGGCCAUCAUGUCCCCAUCACUGUUCAACCUGAUGCAGGAAUAUCCAGCCGAGCGCACUUCCCGCACUCUCACACUCAUCGCGAAGGUGAUGCAGAACCUGGCAAGCUUCAGCAAGUUUGGCCCAAAAGAAGAAUUCUUGUAUUUCAUGAAUGAAUUUUUGGAAAUGGAGUGGGGGUCCAUGCAACAGUUUCUCUAUGAAAUUUCCAACAUGGACACUGGAGGAAAUGCUGGAGGCUUUGAGGGCUACAUCGACCUGGGCAGAGAGCUGUCCAUGCUGCACAGCUUGUUGUGGGAGGUCAUGGGUCAGCUCAGCAAGGAUGCUAUCCUCAAACUAGGACCUCUGCCUCGGCUGCUGAAUGACAUCAGUGUGGCUCUGAGGAACCCGCAGCUUCACAUGCCAACAAAUCACCAGCCAGACCGACCUAAGGACCGGCUCUUCUCUCGGCCGUCAUUCAACCGGAUGAUGUCCUCUGACUUCCAAAGCCUUAUGAUGCGUGACCUCAACAGCUCUAUAGACAUUUCCCGUCUCCCCUCUCCGCCGACCGGGCCAUCUGCUGUAGAGUCGCUGUCAUCUAACCUGAAUAUGAGACGUCAAGCAGAACGAGAUCUCCGUUCAUCAAGGGAAGUGUUCUAUGUUACGCGGCCGCCACUCGCUCGCUCCAGCCCAGCGUACUGCACCAGCAGUUCUGACAUCACUGAGCCAGACCCAAAGGUCCACAGCGUGAACAAAAGUGUGUCCAUGAUGGACCUCCAAGACUCCCGCAUGAACAGCAUUUCCAACCUCAACUCAGUUGGAGACAUGCUGACCUCCUCCCAAGCCUCCAUCGCUGGACUUGGCCACAGCUUCGGGAACCUCGGUGGUCCGCUUCGCAUGGGAGGGCAUCUACCAAGUGGAGCGUCAGGUUCUGGGCUGAGGCUGAGCCAGAUGGGCCACAUUGGUGGGCCCACUGAGUCCAUCUCUCAGCAGCAGCAGCAGGCGGCAGCAGCCAUGCACUUUCCACUGUCUUUCCAGAACCCUCUGUUUCACCUGGCUGCGCAGAACUCGCCGGCCCAGUCUCAGGCCCAGCCUCCCCCUCCUCUGCUGCUGGCUCCUGAGGCUGAGAACGGUCAUCACGACUAUGCACCGGCCUUUGGCAACAGUGCUUUUUCACGCAGCGAGGACCUCUCCGCCCUGAGGUCACAGAGCAGCCUGGUGCAGCCCAGCAUCGUCCACUCACACAGCUACAGCGAUGACUUCACUCGACAGAACCAAAAUAAUGAUUUUGUCUGGCACCAGCUGUCACUGCAGGUUCAGGAGUCCCUUCAGCAGCAGCACAUGAUGGGAGUGAAUUCUCAGACCCCUACAGGCACAGGGACCCCUGCCUCACUGGCCACACCUCCCACCACUGUCCAUCCUGUCCGCCAGUCGUCCAUGGCCCAGCUGCAGCAUCUCAAAUCACAGCGAUCCAUCAACACUCCAGCCACGGCCACGCCUCCAAAAGCGCGCCCACAGAGCCGGAACCUUCUGCUGGAUCAGAACGACACAAGCUUCAGUGGCAGUGGGCCCAAACAUCGAGCUCAGCAGCAGCAACAGCAGCAGACACAGCAACAGGACCCGCAGCAGGUCUCGACGGACAGUCCCGCUCCGGGACUUCCGUACCAGAACAGCUCCGCCAAAGAGAACCAGGGUCAGCCAGCCGCGGCAGAGGAGUCGACAGACACGCCCACUAAAAGCAGCAAGAAGGCUCAAUCCCAACUGCAGCCACCACAACCUCAUCUGCUCAAACCAGUCAUUAAUAAACAGGGCUCUCAGUCGGCCUUGAACACUUCAGCACUGAAUGAGCGGACGGUCGCUUGGGUGUCCAACAUGCCACAUCUCUCAGCUGAUAUUGAGAGCCUGCGGCCGGACCGAGAGGGUCAGCUGAAAGAGUAUUCCAAGAGCAUGGAUGAAUCACGGCUGGAGCGGGUCAGAGAGUAUGAAGAAGAAAUCCACUCCCUGAAAGAGCGGCUGAAGAUGUCCCAUCGCAAGCUGGAAGAGUACGAGCAGCGUCUUCUGUCACAGGAGCAGCAGACCAGCAAGAUCCUGCAGCAGUAUCAGUGCCGACUGGAAGACAGCGAGCGCCGCCUGAAGCAACAGCAAAUGGAGAAGGAUUCCCAAAUCAAAGGCAUCAUUAACAGACUCAUGGCUGUGGAAGAUGAGCUGAGAGUGGGUGCCAUUCCUGAUAUUAAGCCUCGAAUCCUCACAGACCAGUCUAUCAGCCAGGGCUAUGGGGGCCUCCCAGGAUCCUGACCAGAGUCCUUGAUGGUGACUCGGGUUUAAGAAGACAGUUCCACCAUCGAAAACUACCCGAAGAGAAGCUGUGGCAGGACAACAGAAGGCUUCUAGUCACUCUAUUCUUUAAAGAUAAUACGUUUGCACAAACAUUGCCUGCACCAGAACGUGACAAUCAAUCUAGCGCGAGGACCAACAGAGAAACACCUGCACAGGUAGAAUCAAAAGCCAACGCCUCAAGAAUGGCAAUACUGAUCAUAAUCAUUUAUCUGAACCUUAAUGUGUAGACGUGUUGCAAAAACGAUGAUUGUCAAUUUUACCUUCAAAGCAACAAUUCGAGUUUUUCAAGCACAAAGCAUGACAUCAUCGCCAUGAGCACCAGUCAACAGCCAGUCUUCUUCUGCUCAUUACUGACUACGUAACCAGCAAAUAUGUUUUGACCUACAAGUGGCAUCGUUCGGCAGCUUCAUUUGAACAGCGCUUGCUUAUUAUUUCAAGAUGCUUUCCUUGUCUGGCAGUGCAGCAUUUACAUGGAUCAUGGAGAUUAUAGAGCACCGGCAUUUAAAUUUGAUUAUAGAAAGUAUGGCGUAUGGAAUAUAUGUAUAUUUUAAAGAUUAUGUACAAUCAGAAUCAGCAAAGUGUUUGGCCAGUAAUGUAAAAGCAUUUUUUAUUUUUACUUUUCAAAUGACUUAAUUUUCUUGUGGUGUUAAGCUCCAAUAAUACAAAUUAAAAUAGAAUCAUAUUAAACAAGUGAAAUAAGUCUGCUAAAAUGUGAAAUUUAAUAAGUAAGUGCAAUUCAAUAGUCAUUAUAAUAAUGAUGUGAGAAAUAAUGUUGUAUUUAUGAACUAUCUACUGUAUUCAAUGUAUGCACAAUCCCUUAGUCUUAAGCCCUUUCUUUUAUUUAGUCCACAGCAAAUGAUGAAACCUUUAAGUGCAUUUUAGGCUGAAGAAUAUUUCUUUCCAUGUAAAUGUUGCUGCUGCGCCAUCAUGAAGUGACGACAGUGUUGAUGAUCAUGGUCAACUCACUAGAAACAUGACGACUGACCUGAAGAGGGAUGACAGAGCUGCAGCAUCUCAAUAUGAAGAUGUGUUCACAUUAGUCUGUUCAAAUUGAUCAAUUCAGGUUCUAAUCCAAGCUGCUUGAACUUUCUUGCGUGAGAUUUAAGCUUCCUGACAAAGGUGGGCUGCGAGUGUUACUUUGUUCCACUGUAGCGGCAAGGAUUGCAUGAAAACUGCAAUUUUCUUGUUGUAAUUUUUAGGAAAGGAAACUGAUCACCGCCUCAUGGGGUCAUAAUCUCUUAUCCAGUGGAGCCAAACUCUGGAGCUUUAAACUGAGGCAUCUUUUUUGUCUUCGGCAUCACCCAGCCAUAGAAAUGGUGACGAAUUGAAGAAAGAAAAUGUGUUCUUAAAACUUCUUUUUUAGAGCAAGUCAUGCAGAUGUGCGACAGGCUUUGCAGCGCAUCACCUUGUCACUCUGCGCUCGGCACAGCUUUCGGAUGGUGAGACUGACACCUAUUUUUAAAGCAUCCAAAACCGUGUCCUGAAUUGCGCGCUGCAGCUCCUCACUUCCAUGACACCCCUCUCCUCAAGAACCUGAAAUCUUAAUUGGAAAACUUGCGGACUUCAGAUGUGAACACGCUUUUGUAUAUUGGGUUACUGCGACUCGAUGAGCUGCCGACCCUGGGGGCGUCGUGAUGACGUCACGUACGGUAUUACUCCCAAUACAGACUUCAGAAUGGUACAUGCUGCUAAGAUGACAGCAUGGGAUUAAUGUACUACGAAAGAGUGCACUGUUGUUUUUCACCUUUCCUUUUAUGUUUAAGUCUCUUAAGUGCAAUAAUGAAAGAUGGAGGGUGACGUCAAAAGCUUUCUGGAUUGAGAUGGGGACAUGCAGACAACAACAAUAUUAAUGUAACUUAUGAGCAUAUGAACUUCAGAUAUUUAUCUACCAGAGGCUUUUGUACAGCACUUUUUAUCAUGAGCGAGCUCUGUACACACUCCUUUAGUCCCCAGAGCGACCAAGAGUGGGGAUAAGGUUCUAUUCUAUCAAGUACUCAUCUGUUGUGUGUCUGUGGAGCAUCGAUGUGCAACAGUUCUGCAUGUGCUUUUGGAAACGUGAGGAUGAGUCUGUCAGUUUGGAUCUUAUCAUGUACAGAAGAACAUUUGCUUUCUUAUCAGGAGGCGUCUUUUUUUAAUCAAACCUGCCUGACUCUUCGCUUUUUUUCCAAGAAGAGGGUGACGUUUUUGCAGUAUCCAACUGAAGCAGAGCGAAGGUGGAACCAACCGAACGUGGACACGUUUCUACGCAGGGAAAUGUUUGUAGUAUAUAUAUAUGCGUCGGACGUGACUGCCUUACAGUCCGCGCCACUAGGCCUGAAAUAUAUACGAACAAAUGUAAACUUUGUAUAUUUAGCGUCCUCCUUUUUGUAGUCAGGUGAUGGAUUUAAAAAGCUGUGUGUUGUAGUCAGAAUAUUUAUGAAUCAAAACAUCUAUGAUCUUAACCUCUUGCCUUUAAGCCAGUUUCUUUUGAGUAUCAGUUCAACAAAGCUCUACGUUUAUGUUACCAGAAAUGUAUAAAAUAGCUUAAUGUAUAUUUAUUCUUCUAUGUAAGACGUAUAUCCAGGGUAGGCCUUCAGGCAUGAACUCGUGGUAAACUCAUACUUGUAUUAUCUCUUAAUGCUGCAACCCAGAGACCAUAUAGAGAGGGAGUGCGUCUGUAACACUUUAUAUCACCUCCAACAAGCAGUGGUGCUCUCAACAAGACUGGACUGCAGUUUUAAGGUAACCAGCUUCAAGUUAUUUGCAUUUAACUACUGUGUUUCUGAAGUAUAGUUCUGCUCUUCUGUUGGAAUUAUGAGGAAAGGACCAUAGAAGGAUGAAGUGAGUUGUUGAGACAACAUUUCAGUCACACUUCAGUGAAUGAAUAUGUCAGAAAAAAAACUCCAAAAAAGACUGAAAAGCACAAUAGUGAUCUGCUCUGUAAUGUUAUCGUGCUCAUCAUCACAUCAGCAAGGUGACAAAACAUGUGAAAGCUGGACUGGGGAGUGAAAUAUGAUGCCAGGUUCAUCGAGCCGUGUUGUCUGAAAUGGAGAAGUCAAUGGUACAGAGUCACAAAAGCUGCUGUGAGCACAUGCAGUUCUUGAUGGGCUGGUGAGGCUUCAUGAAACAGUGUCUUUAUUUUCAUGCUACGCUACAUGACACUUGUUGCUGUGAAUGCUUUUGCUAGGAACAACUACUUCAUUUAAACCUCAUGUCACUUUUAAAGCAAGAGCGCCACCUGCUGAGCUCAGAGGAUGAGCACACAGUUUCAUGAAGCUUCACCAGCCCAUUACUUCCAGUGGAAAUAGGUGUUGGAGUGAAUGGGUCAUUCUACGAAGCCAGUGCCAUUUACACGCCAACUUUUUAUGCAGAAAUAGGUUAUUUUAAGCUACUUUUUUACAUUAAUAUUUUCAUUUUCCAUUGUGUCCCAAUUGUCUUUUUCCUAUCAGGAAACAAUACCGCUUUCCACUCAGAAUGCCUGCAGUGCUACUGACAAGCUAAGCUAGCAAGUACGUUAAUUUUACGUUGUCCGCCGUUUACAGUACAGAAAUUUUGUCUAAGUUCCCCCACAUAUUAUGCUUUAUGGCGGGGUUAUGUCAAAUUGUGUGGGAGCUUCUGUAAGAGUAAUGUCAUCUGCUGUGUGUGAUGUCAGUUAAAAACAGUGUCUUGGACUUCUGACCUUUUUUAAUAUACAGUGUAAUAUUCUAGAGGAUAAGGUCAUAUGAAUGCUGAAAAAAUUCAUUUCGCUAAGUCGGAAUUUGGAAUGUCCUGAGUAAAUAUGACUAAAAUGUAUAAGAUUCAUAUUUUACAAUGGCAUUGCGACAGGAUUUCACAGCACUUAAGUGACAGCAGUGAUCCUAUCAGUUACAUUUUGACACGGUACAUUGGGACUGCAGGCACUGGUUUUGUAGAAGUACCCAAACACCACGAACAAAAGACUACUGUGUAAUGAUGGGCUGGUGAGGCUUCAUGAAACAGUCCACUCAUUUUCAGCGUCCACUAAAUGCACUGUCUGCUCGCAGAUCUUUUGAUUUCUCAUUGAUAUUCUGAAGUAUUUUAAUGAAACCUUUUCACUCACACGCUGUUUCAUGAUGCUUCACCAGCCCGUCACUAGCUGUGUGUUUCAAAGAGCUGCUAUCCAUAUAUUGUGCGAACGUUGUGGGUGUGUGAGGUUAUUGAGAAAGUCUUGCACUGUAAGUGCAAGUCGUUGAAAAAUUCAAGCAGCAGAGCCAAUUAAAAGAGUGUCGAAAGAGGUUAAAGAAAGAGAACAAAAGGUAGUGGUGACAUCUUGUUCCUCCUCAACAGACCUUGUGACUUCAUAGUUUCUGAUGAUUUGUUUUCCUUCCAUCUGCUGGACCAUGAAGCCACUUAGAGCCACCAAAUGUGAAACAACCCUGUGUAAUACAGAUGAGUGGGAAGGUGUGUUUGUAUUGAUGGGUCUGAGGCGGUUUUAUUUGCAUGUUUGCUCAAUUUAGACUUGGUUUCAACUGUUUAGUUCAAGUGCCGUUACCAUGACAUUCAUACCUAUUUAUUCAAAUUAAAGUCUGAGUCUCAGGUGUUUCGAGGAACGCAUAGUCAGAUAUAACAACCUAUAAAAGUAUUAUUGAAGCUAAUAUUGAUAUAUGUUUACGCUAUAUUACAGAUGAUUUAUGAACUUUGAAUGAAGCUAAACAGGACCUAACACUAUCGUUUAAAUAUUUUAUUUUGACAACACAUGAGACUAAUGUUUAUAAAAGUGGAUGUACAACUCCGUUGAAUGAUUGAAUUCCUCUUGGCAGCUGCUUAUCUGCGAUUCAUUUUGUGCCACUGACUUGAAUCAGGCCUCCUGGAUGUAAAACCCUUCAUUUACUUGACGUUUCCUUUGAAAGAAGCCAUGUGCCAUCGAUAAGCCAUACACUCCAGUUCCCCCCGGUGUCGUCUGGUGGAUGUUUAAAUGUGGGUACUUUCAUUUAUAAUGGUAGUUACAGUGGGUACGAUUGCGCUUGUACUAUAUUAUUAUCAGUGUUGGUAUAUUUCAAUGAUAUUGAGUUGUUUGAGCAAAAGGAAUGUAUUCAUUUGAAGGUGAUUUUCUUUUUUUUUUUCCCUUGAGUGAUUUCAAUAAAUGAUUAAAUACCGAAUUGAUGAUGGAUU